AAGGGACAGAAACCAUAGUAAUGUCGAUGGAAACAGCCUUUGAUUUCGGAUUAUUAGAAUCAGCCCGCUUUUAAAGGUCUUGUUCGAUGAAUUAACAGAACAUCUUGAUAACGGAUUGAAACUAAGACUGGUAUCGUCGAAUUAGCUUUGCUCAUGUUUUCCUGGAAUAUUUUUAAAGAUUGAACCAACGUUUUUUUUCAUCGGAUCUCUCCCGCGUUUUCGAAUUCGACUUCAAGACCCGUCCUCGCGUGGUUUUGUACGCUUUCAAUAAAAAACUUUCCAGAUUUCUCAUUUUCAUAAUGGGUUGUACUCCAAGCACUCAAGUCGUCACAACUGGGAGCACUUCUCCGCCAGUUAAGUCUCAGAAUGCUGCUGUGAAAGCUCCAAAGCCGAAAGCUGCUGCUGCUUCAAAACCCAAAGCAAAUGGUUCCGAUCACAAAAAGCACAAGAAAAAAAGCUCUCAUGGAUCAAGGCGGGAUUCAUCAUCAAGUCAUGGGUCACAUCAUAGCCACCAUAGUCAUCACAGUCACCAUAGCGACCACAAUGAAAAUCACCAAACUGUUACCAACAUAACUGUUAUCAAUAUUAAUCAAAAUGAUGCAACUUCCAAUGUUGACAACCAACCUGAAGAACAAAAUGUUACUGAAGUAGAGAGUGCUGAACCCCAACCUGUUGCUGCAGCAGAAACCCAAGGUGCAUGUGACACCCCUGCAGAUGGAGAAGGGGAAGUACCUGCUGAAGGGGAAGCACCAGAACCUGCAGAGGGCGAAACAACUGAGGGGGCUACAGGCGAUAGUGCCCCCUCAGAUGCCCCAGCUGAAGAUGCUGCAGCUGAAGAUGCUCCUGCAGAGGAUACCCCAACUGAGAAUGCCCCAGCUGAAGAUGCUCCUGCAGAGGAUGCCCCUGCUGAGGAUACCCCAACUGAGAAUGCCCCAGCUGAAGAUGCUCCUGCAGAGGAUGCCCCAGCUGAAGAUACUCCUGCAGAAGAUGCACCAGCUGAAGAUGCCCCAGCUGAGGAUGCCCCAGCUGAAGAUUCUCCUGCAGAGGAUGCUGCACCUGAAGAUGCCCCAGCUGAGGAUGCCCCAGCUGAAGAUGCUCCAGCUGAGGAUGCCCCAGCUGAAGAUGCCCCAGCUGAGGCAGAACCAGAGCCUGAGCCAGAACCUGAAGCAGAACCUGAGCCAGAACCCGAACCAGAACCGGAAGCAGAACCUGAGCCAGAACCCGAACCGGAGCCUGAACCUGAAGAAGAGCCCGAGCCAGAACCAGAGCCUGAGCCAGAGGAACCAGCUGAAGAAUGAGGUAGAAGAAUUGACAUAUAUGUCAAAUUUAUAAUUUGUACAGUUUCGUGCCAGGAGAUGCUGUGCGAUUAAGAAAGAUUAAAAUUGACAUUUCAUUUCUGGACAUGGAACCAGAAAGUAUUGCCACUUGUAAAUUGCUGAAUAAGAGAAGAGACCCUUGACUUGUUUUUAUCCAAGUGUAUAAACAAUUAAGUUUGCGAAAAUUAAGUGGGUAUAAUACAUUUCUAAUGGUGAUUUGUUUUCAAUUUGCUGUAUUUGUUAUCACAGCUAACUUUUUUAUGAUCAAGUGAAUGAAUGUUUCCAUCAGUUGUGGGUAGCUGCUAACCAGACAUGGGGAUUUAUAAGUAAGUUCAGGGUUUGUCAAACUACAUCAUAACGUAAUGGGAUCAAAUUUAACUCAUGGAUCAGUCUGAAACUAAGAAGCCAAAUUUCAGACAUGGUAACCAACCUUGUUUAAACAAUUAUAUUCAGUAGCAUCGGUUUGAAGAUGUCCUUUGGCAGUAGAAGAUUCAUCAAUAUUUUCCCAAUUAAGGAAAUGUUUCUCUGUUGCUUUCUCAUUGCAAUAAGUAACAUAAAAUUGCCUAAAAUAGAAAAUUUUGCGUGUUUCAUCGCUAGCUAAGACCAUCACACGCACGCAGCACACAAUUGUUAUGAAAUAACACGAUAAAUCUUCCUUGUAUAGAGACUAUAUAGUUGCAAAGACGGGGGUUUGCAAAUAGAGAAAGCUAGGCCUGUAUCCCAAAUUAAUAUUGAUUUACUUUAACAGCACACAAAUAACGAUAGAGAUAAUAGGUUUCUACACGUUGAGAGAUUUGUACAUACAUGUUAGCGUACUUAGCGUAGCAUUAUUAUUUUUGUUACUUAUAAGUUGAAAACUGUAUCUUUUAGAUAUUUGUCAUAUUCGUGCUUCUCCUAGAAGUAGCAAGUUUGUCGCAUUUCUCCGAACAAGGCCACUGGCGCAUCCUUCUCUACAUCAUAGAAAAUUAUACCAAGCUCAGAUUAAUGUAUCUUCAGAUUUUAUGAAAGUACUAAAAUGUCUCGGUUUUGCUAAUGAUGCUAAAGAUUGCUGGCGUUGUUGAUUGAAACACUUUCUUUAUGUAACAGAAUUAAUAGAGUCGGUGGUGUUCGUUUCACAACUCAAAAUCAAACGAUCAAGCCAAGAAGUAAACUGAAGGAAGCUACUUUUUAGUUAUUGUAACAACCUCGAUGUCUUUCUAGAACUGCCCUGGUGCAGCAUUCGAAGAAAAACUUUAUACGUUUUACUCGAACUUCGAUCAAAAAAGGUGGUACAGGGGUCGGACACACCCUACUGAUAAUUCUAUUGCUAUUUUCCAUUCAAUACUAUGACUGGAAUACUCAAAAGCACAAUUUAUAGAUGCGGUGAGGUUGAGUUUCAAACUUGAAAAAUGCCUUGGCCACGUCAAUAUAUAUAGCUGACCCUGUCAAAAACAUUUCGAUUCUGCGAAAAUCUUGUCAAAUCAUAACAUGUUUUGCUAUGUUAAUAAAGCCGUUUAAAUUAUUUAAGGUGAUAUUCACUUGAAAGAUGAACAAUAUUUUUGCAGCUUAAUCCUUCCCCCGUUUGAGUAUGCAUAAUUUCUUGAACCACUACUGCGAAUUCUCACAUAAUAGAUGGAUGGAAGGGGCCAUGACCCAGCGACGACAAUAUAUGUUAUUUUUCGUCUGUCCAUUAAGGUAUGUGAUAUUAUGGUAAUGCCUAAUUUCGUACCAACGGGGAUUAUUGUAUUUCUCCGGGCAGAGAAAGGGAGCAAUGAUCCUUGGGUAAGACCUUGUCCAUAUCCCAAAAAUCCCAUAUAAUUGCAGCAAAUAUGCAAAGAAUCUAGAAAAACCUGGGAAGGUGCUUUGGUUUUCCAUAUUGGUAUAACUCCUUUGUCAGGGUCAAAUGGUAGAGAAUACUGAAGAUAAUGUAGCGAAAGAGUAAAUUGAGUACCAGAAUGAGAUAAAUUGUGAUAGUUAAGAACACGUCGUUUACUCACUACAUUCGCUCACUACAUUAUCGUUAUAGAGAGGUACCUGUCUUUAUUAUGUGCUAUUGAAAUCGCCAUUUAUCAAGCAUAGUACAGUAGAACAUUAAAGGUUAGUUUUGUUGCCAUCGAGUUAUAUAAUCAAGGCAGAACUGCAUUGAUAAAUUCAUAAAGAUGCUUCUUUCUGUCAAGUAUCAUAAUUCUGAAAGAUUUGUUAAUAUCAGCUUUUAACUCUGUAUUAAAACGUUAUAUGAUUGCAUAGUUUUUUAAGGGGAAACAAAAA